UAGAGACAAAAUUCACUCCCAUUUCCCGAGGCUGGCCGGAGAGGGCUGGGGCUGGGAGGAGGAGCCGGAGCUGCCUAUGUGGCCCCUGGGGUCUUCGCCAUGCCCGGGUCCGAGCUUGCCUGCUGCGUCUUGCUCUUAGCUCUUUGUAUGUGCUUGGGGCUACGACAAAGCCAUCGGAACGUAUUGCUUAUCCUGGCGGAUGAUGGAGGCUUUGAGAUCGGUGCAUACAACAACAGUGCAAUCUCAACCCCACACCUGGAUGCCUUGGCACGGAGGAGCCUGAUCUUCCACAAUGCCUUUACCUCAGUCAGCAGCUGCUCCCCAAGCCGUGCUAGCCUCCUAACUGGCUUGCCACAGCAUCAGAAUGGGAUGUACGGCUUACAUCAGAAUGAACAUCAUUUCAACUCCUUCGACAAGGUGCAAAGUCUCCCUCUGCUUCUCAGCCAGGCUAACAUCCGUACAGGUAUCAUUGGGAAGAAGCAUGUUGGGCCAGAGCCAGUAUACCCAUUUGACUUUGCCUACACAGAGGAGAAUGGCUCCAUCCUCCAGGUGGGAAGAAAUAUCACCCGCAUAAAGCUGCUGGUCCGAAAAUUCCUCAAGACCCAGGAUGACAGGCCUUUCUUCCUCUAUGUUGCUUUCCAUGAUCCCCACCGGUGUGGGCAUUCUCAACCAAUGUAUGGACCCUUCUGUGAGAAGUUUGGAAAUGGAGAGAGUGGGAUGGGGUGGAUCCCUGACUGGGUACCCCAAACUUAUUCCCCAGAGGAUGUACAGGUCCCUUACUUCAUCCCUGACACCCCAGCAGCCCGGGCUGACUUGGCUGCUCAGUACACCACCAUUGGCCGAAUGGACCAAGGGAUUGGACUGGUACUGGAGGAACUGAAUGGAGCUGGUGUCCUGAAUGACACUCUGGUGAUCUUCACUUCAGACAAUGGUAUCCCCUUCCCCAGUGGCAGGACCAACCUAUACUGGUCAGGCAUAGCAGAGCCCAUGUUGGUGUCUUCUCCAGAGUACCGAAACCGUUGGGGCCAGACCAGCGAGGCCUAUGUCAGCCUCUUGGACCUCGUGCCCACCAUCUUGGAUUGGUUCUCCAUACCAUACCCCAGCUAUAGCAUCUUUGGUACCAAGACAGUCCACCUCACUGGUCAUUCUCUCUUACCUGCACUACUAUCAGAGCCAUCAUGGACCACAGUCUUUAGUAGCCAGAGUCACCAUGAAGUCACAAUGUAUUACCCCAUGCGCUCUGUGCUCCAUCAGAAUUUCCAUCUAGUACACAACCUCAACUUCAAGAUGCCCUUCCCUAUCGACCAGGAUUUCUACGUUUCCCCCACUUUCCAGGACCUGCUUAAUCGAACCAAGUCUGGCCAGCACACAAACUGGUAUAAGGAUCUCCACCACUAUUAUUACCGAGAUCGAUGGGAACUCUAUGAUAGGAAAGAAGACCCCAGGGAGACCCAGAAUUUAGCCAGUGACCCCAACUAUAUGGAGGUGCUGGAGAUGCUGAAGGUCCAGCUGACCAAGUGGCAGUGGGAGACCAAUGACCCCUGGGUAUGUGCUCCAGACGGUGUCUUGGAAGAGAAGCUCUCUCCCCAGUGUCAGCCUCUCCAUAAUGAGCUAUGAGCCCUUCCAUGGAGAAAGACACCCAUGUUCUCCAAACAUGGCCCUUCCUUGCUGAUAACUGAGUGGGACCAAGGAAGAGCAUCUUUUGGUCCUAAGAACAAUAAGGUCCACUAAAUCCUCAUUCCUUUAUUUCUGACUGAGCAUUAUUAUAGGGUAAGACGAGCAAGGUUCAAGCCUUAUUUUUUUGCCCUGACCCCCCAGUGCUCUGUAGGCACCAUAGGGAUAUGGUUGAGGCACCACUGCCAACGUGCCUCCCUUGUCCAAGUGAGCUGUGGGGUAGGAUGAGGAUGUUAAGUAGAGGUGCUAGCAGGCAGUGGGGUUACUAGCAGCCCUGGUGAAAGUCAGCUUGUACAUCAAAAUGGUCUUAUUUUUCCUGUGGUCCUACAUUUUAAAGUUUGGAGAACCUUUAUGACUCCAGAGCCUCUCUUAUAAGAAAAAUUGAGGAAAUCUAGUAAUAAAAAAAUUAAAAGGGAAUCAAGGCUCUAUUACCACUGGUACUCUUAAGAUGUACCCACCCACCCACAGGCUUCUCUGGGAUGAGGGAGGAUGAGAAGACUCGGGUUCUUGCAUCUGCCCGUAAGGAUGUUCACAUGAAACUUUCUCAGGGUGAGAAGAUGACGUAUUAAUUUCUUCCUUCCUUCCUUUCUUUCUUUUUUUUGGGUGGGGCAAUGAGGGUUAAGUGACUUGACACAGUUAGCAAGUGUCAAGUGUCUGAGGCCUGAUUUAAACUCAGGUCCUCCUGAA